AUGAGCAGUUGUAACAUUUUACUUUGCAUAAACAAGUUUUUACCCAUGCGCAAGGUGAAGCGAAGGAUCGUUGGGAACAACAAUAAAUAUGCACUUGUCCGACCAGCCGAUAACAUAACAUAUGACCCUUUUUGGUGCAAAAGUAGCAAUAUAUUUAUCGGUCAGAGAAAGGAAAGAUGGUACUCCAUCUAUGUGCACAAGGAAUUAGCUAAACACAAUGAUGAAGAGACAUUUAAAAAUGAGUAUAACGAUGAAACAAGGUUCUUGCAUGAGGAAAUUAACGAAGAUUAUAGAAAAUAUGGGGAAAAGGUUAAAGAUGGAUGUAAAAAGAAAAUGCUUAAUGAGUUGAUUUUGCUAAAAAACAAACGACUUAGAGAUUGUCAGAAAUUAAAAUUAAUAAGCAAAAAUAUUUAUAAGAAUAUUAGUUUUUAUAAUUUACACGAAAUAUCGGAUGUUUUGGAAUGUACAUAUUUUUUUAGUAUCAUAUUAAAGAAAGAGGAUAUGCAUAAAUUAAUAAAAAGGCUAAAAGUGUUAACAUUCAAUAAAAAAAAAGAUAACGUAAUGUAUAAAAUAAUUUUGAAUUUUUUAAGAAUAAAAAUUCCACGUGAAUAUGAGGACAAAAAAUUAAUUGCAACCUUCAAUACUUUUUUAAAUGAUUUGUUAAGCUUUUGGUUAGUACGACCUCCUUCUGACAUACCAAUGUCCAAUUACUUGGAUUACAUAUAUUUUGUAAAGGAGACACAGUUAAUUGUUCAUAAUGAUUUCUGCUCAUGGUUUGAUAAGAACUAUUAUGAUAAUUUAUUGUUAAGUUUUUUGCAGUCUUUUCAAUAUUCUAUUGUAAGACAAAAUAGAAACCUAGAUUUCCUUUUCAUAAAAGAAGUAAUUGAUAUUUUAUCAAAAUUGAAUUGUCAAACAGAUGUCUUAAAUAUGUAUAAUUUUACUAUACCCAUUUUUAUAAAGGAUUUUCAUUUAAUUGUAGAAUGUAUAGGUAACAAAAAUACUUUUGACGGAACCUCAAUUCUUAUUCCAUAUUUUUCUGAAAGAUAUAAGUUAUUUAAAAAGCUCAAUUUCAGAGUUUUGCUUUUGUAUAAGCACGUAUUACCGCAUAAUGAGGAGGAUAAGCUAAAUUUUGUUAAGCAGGCAUUAUAUGACAUCAUUAAGUAG